GCUGCUAAAGCACUCAAAGCGGGGCAAUAUGCAGAGGCAGUCGAAUAUUAUAAUGGACUUAUUGAAGGCAAUCCAGAUAGUGUCUCUAUGAGAUGUGAUCGUGGAGAAGCAUAUUUAUAUUUAAAUGAGUAUGAAAAGGCAAAAGAAGACCUUGAUAUUUAUGUCAAUAGAAAAUCAGACGAUGAACGUGGAUUUUAUCUUAGAGGAAUUGUUAAUGAUAAAUUAAACCUUCGA